ACCUCGGGGCCGCUCCUGCCCCUGAGGACGCUCGGGGCCCGGGCAGGUGUCCACUCCACUAUUCCGAGGUGCAGACUCCCCGCCCCCUACGCUCCCCACACGGUGAGGCGGGGCGCCUCCUCCCCGCUCCAGUCCGGGGGAGGGGAAGGGGCGGGCGGCGCAGGGGCUGUGACAGCUCCCGCCCGGACCGGUGCCAGCUGCAGCCUUGCUUCAGCGCCCGGUGCCAGCUGGCUCCUUCGUCUGGGACGAAGGCGGAGGCUCGGGGCUCCUUGUAGCCGGUGGCGGUGGGGGGGUCGCCCCCCACCACGCCCCCACCCCUCUACUCGCCCAAGAGGAGCCUCUCCACCGAGCCCUGCAUCCCGCUGCCCUGGCAGCCGGUCCAGCUAGCCACUGGCCCCGUUCACUGUACCUGGACUUACCCACCGGCUCUCUCCGGAUCCCCUUAUCAAAGCGGAUGGGGGUCGCCGGGGACCCCGCCCCCCAGCCUUUUGCUAGAGCCUGCAGGGCUGUGCGAGUUUGAAAAGAAACAUGAAGGUGGGCUGGCCAGGUGAGAGCUGCUGGCAGGUGGGCCUGGCUGUGGAGGAUAGCCCAGCUCUGGGAGCACCGCAGGUGGGAGCCCUCCCUGACUUGGUGCCGGAGGGGACACUGCUCAACAUGGUGUUGAGGAGAAUGCACCGGCCCCGAAGCUGCUCCUACCAGCUGCUGCUGGAGCACCGGCGUCCCAGCCACAUCCAGGGGCUGCGCUGGACACCACUCACCAACAGCGAGGAGUCCCUGGAUUUCAGUGAGAGCCUCGAGCAGGCCUCCACAGAGCGGGUGCUCAGGGCUGGGAAGCAGCUGCAUCGGCAUCUGCUGGCCACCUGCCCGAACCUCAUCCGGGACCGGAAGUACCACCUUAGGCUCUACCGGCAGUGCUGCUCUGGCCGGGAGCUGGUGGAUGGGAUCUUGGCCUUGGGACUUGGGGUCCAUUCUCGGAGCCAAGCUGUGGGAAUCUGCCAGGUGCUGUUGGAUGAAGGUGUCCUCUGCCAUGUGAAACACGACUGGGCCUUCCAGGAUCGAGAUGCCCAAUUCUACCGGUUCCCAGGGCCUGAGCCCGAGCCCAUGGAAGCUCAUGAGAUGGAGGAGGAGUUGGCUGAAGCUGUAGCCUUGCUCUCCCAGCGGGGGCCUGAUGCCCUGCUCACUGUGGCACUCCGAAAGCCCCCAGGUCAGCGCACCGACGAAGAGCUGGACCUCAUCUUUGAGGAGCUGCUGCACGUCAAGGCUGUGGCUCACCUCUCCAACUCGGUGAAGCGAGAAUUAGCGGCUGUUCUGCUCUUCGAACCACACAGCAAAGCGGGGACCGUGUUGUUCAGCCAGGGGGACAAGGGCACUUCGUGGUACAUUAUCUGGAAGGGAUCUGUCAACGUGGUGACACAUGGCAAGGGACUGGUGACCACCCUGCAUGAGGGAGAUGACUUUGGACAGCUGGCUCUGGUGAAUGAUGCACCCCGGGCAGCCACCAUCAUCCUGAGAGAAGACAACUGUCAUUUCCUGCGCGUGGACAAGCAGGAUUUCAACCGCAUCAUCAAGGAUGUGGAGGCCAAGACCAUGCGGCUGGAAGAACAUGGGAAAGUGGUUCUGGUGCUGGAGAGAGCCUCUCAGGGCGUCGGCUCCUCUCGACCCCCAACCCCAGGCAGGAACCGGUAUACGGUGAUGUCCGGCACCCCAGAGAAAAUCCUAGAACUUCUGCUGGAGGCCAUGGGACCAGAUUCCAGUGCUCAUGACCCAACAGAGACAUUCCUCAGCGACUUCCUCCUGACUCACAGGGUCUUCAUGCCCAGCGCCCACCUCUGUGCGGCCCUUCUGCACCACUUCCAUGCGGAACCCGCGGGUGGCAGCGAGCAGGAGCGCAGCACCUACGUCUGCAACAAGAGGCAGCAGAUCCUGCGGCUGGUCAGCCAGUGGGUGGCCCUGUAUGGCUCCAUGCUCCACACUGAUCCUGUGGCCACCAGCUUCCUCCAGAAACUGUCAGACCUGGUGAGCGGGGAUGCCCGACUCAGUAACCUGCUGAGGGAGCAGUGGCCAGAGAGGCGGCGGCACCACAGGUUGGAGAAUGGCUGUGGGAAUGCAUCUCCUCAGAUGAAGGCCCGGAAUUUGCCAAUUUGGCUCCCCAACCAGGACGAGCCCCUUCCCGGCAGCAGCUGUGCCAUCCGAGUUGGGGACAAAGUCCCCUAUGACAUCUGCCGGCCAGACCAUUCGGUGUUGACCCUGCAGCUACCCGUGACAGCCUCCGUGAAAGAGGUGAUGGCAGCACUGGCCCAGGAGGAUGGCUGGACCAAGGGGCAGGUGCUGGUGAAGGUCAAUUCUGCAGGUGAUGCCAUUGGCCUGCAGCCAGAUGCCCGUGGUGUGGCCACAUCUCUGGGGCUCAAUGAGCGGCUCUUUGUUGUCAACCCACAGGAAAUGCAUGAGCUGACCCCACAUCCUGAGCAGUUGGGGCCCACUGUGGGCUCGGCUGAGGGGCUGGACCUGGUGAGCGCCAAGGACCUGGCAGGGCAGCUGACAGACCAGGACUGGAGCCUCUUCAACAGCGUCCACCAGGUGGAGCUGAUCCACUAUGUGCUGGGCCCCCAGCAUCUGCGGGACGUCACCACGGCCAACCUGGAGCGCUUCAUGCGCCGCUUCAACCAGCUGCAGUACUGGGUGGCCACGGAGCUGUGUCUCUGCGUGGCGCCCGGCCCCCGGGCCCAGCUGCUCAGGAAGUUCAUUAAGCUGGCAGCCCACCUCAAGGAGCAGAAGAAUCUCAAUUCCUUCUUUGCCGUCAUGUUUGGCCUCAGCAAUUCAGCCAUCAGCCGCCUAGCCCACACCUGGGAGCGGCUACCACACAAAGUCCGGAAGCUGUACUCCGCCCUGGAGAGGCUGCUGGACCCCUCAUGGAAUCACCGGGUGUACCGGCUGGCCCUGGCCAAGCUCUCUCCUCCUGUCAUCCCCUUCAUGCCUCUUCUUCUCAAAGACAUGACCUUCAUUCAUGAGGGAAACCACACACUAGUGGAGAAUCUCAUCAACUUUGAGAAGAUGGCAAGAGCUCAUGCUCCGGUGUUGUCUGCAGCGAAUGAUGGCCAGAGCCUCGCGGAUGCUGCAUCACUGCCGAAGCCACAACCCCGUGCCUCUCUCACCACUCAGAAGCCGAGUUUCUCACCUCCACGAGGACAGCCAGGUGGCGAGGAUUUCCACCUGCUCGGAGCAGUCCCUGAGCACCCGGAGUCCAGCCAGCACCUGGGCUUAUGUCCAGCAGCUGAAGGUCAUCGACAACCAGCGGGAGCUCUCCCGCCUCUCCCGGGAGCUGGAGCCAUGAGGAGGGGCUGGGACUGGAGCUGGAGCAGGCACUUGCUGCCAGGAAAGCCGGGGUGUGCUGGGCCAAGAUACCCACAGGCUGGCCACAGCUGGGCAGGGCUCUCUGUGGAGUGGACUCGAGGCCCUGGAGCAGGCAGUGUGGAGGCAGCCGUCCCCUGUGAUGACUGGCAGCUAAGGAGGACCUCGGAGUGGACCCGAGCCAGGAAUGGGGAAUGACCCAAGGCCAAGGAACGGGGGACAGAGGCCCCAGGAGUGGGUGGAGAGUGGAGUGCGCUGAGACGUCGUGUGCAAUAGAGAGCUCUCCACACCA